GUUUUUGUGAAGAUGGUUGAAUUUGAAGGCAUGAAACUCUUUGUAAAAUGUGCAUUAAUUAUAAAACCUGGGCUAGGUGUGGCUGCUGGGACCAAAGUAAGAAUCUGAUAGUUUGCAUCAAUUGCAAACAUACUGUUCACAUGGGUUGUACACAUCAGCCUUGUACAAAAAUAAAUAAAUAUACUUGGUUGUGCUGUACAUGCUCAGAAAAACAAACUAUGAGAUUUAAAAACAAUCGAGCAACUACAACUCCUCAGGAGGAUGUUAAUCAUGGAAAGGAAGAAAGCACCAGCACUUCAAAAAGCGGCUCUGCUUUCUGUUCUACCAAAACAUGGCCAUCUUUUCAAAUUCCUUUGAAAAAGCAGUGGCAUAGACGGCAGGCUUUUAUGGAUAAUUUUGCAUCAAGUGAUGAUAAAGGAAAUCCAUUUCUUGCUGCUCUUGAAAAUUCCAAAAAUGAUUCAUUUUCAAGCUGUUUGAAAGAUUUGGAGAAAACAUCUACGGAAACUUUUAACAAGUCAAAUGAUUUUCUCAUACAACCUUUUCCAUCUUCAAACAUGGGUUUUUUUCGUCCAAAACCAAAGGGGCUCGUUGACGGGCUGUCUCGGUUCUUUACUCCAACAAAUAAAAGAAAGUCACGUGUAGCUAUUUCAUCUCUCGGUGAUUCUUUAACUCUUGAUGAUGAAAUGCAAGUAACUCAUGCAGCUGUUAACAGCUUCUCAGGGAAGCAGCUCUGUGAUCAAACUACAGUUAAUAAAAAAGUCUCUAACUGUGACUUUUUUGUAGAAAAUUCGCAUAAAACAAAUAGUGACUCAUUUGUGUUACCCAUUGGAAACCAUAGCACCCCGUCCAAUGCUCAGACAUCAUUAAAUGUAAGUUCACCCUCAACUUCGUCAUUAGACUUUCUUCAGACAGGAAAGCAGAGUGGUAGUGGACAGUUGAAAAACUUGUUUGAUGGACUGUCUCACCUAUAUACAGCUUCUGCUGACUCUCGAAAAAGAGGUUUGAAAGGCUCUGUAAAUACUCCCACAUCUCCUAAGCGAUUACGUAGAAAUUAUGCUUGUACAGAUAAAGAUUUUAAUACAUCAGUGUUUUGUGAUAGAGAUAGUACCGGUGACAUAGGUAGUAGAGAUAAAUUUUCAGAAAUGGACGAAGAAAAACAAAACUCUCUUGAUUCAGAUGCUGAAACAUCUGUCUCUUUUAUGUCUAGCUCUGUGAGCGAUAAAAUGGAAGAAAUAUAUAAAAUUAAAGAAGCAGGUACAUCAUUUGCUCAUAGUGAUAAUAUGCUAAGCUCUCAUCAACAUCAUUUAUCAGUGCCUGAAAACAAACUUUUUGGGUUAUCUGCAAAAGUCCAAGAAGGUGCUGACCCAGAUAUAAAAAGUGAUGUCUCUAAGACAGCACUUCAAGAAAAUGAGAAGGACAGUGAAAAUUUAGCAUUUUCUGUAACAGAGGAUGAUGUAUUAUUAUUCAAAAAAGCUCAAGAAAUUGCUGAAUUAGUUAUUAAACCCAAGUCUGACUCUGAUGCAACAUCUCGUAAGCCAUCUUUAUUGCAAUUUGGAAAAUAUGAAAUAUCAGUGCUUUAUUCUUCGCCUUAUCCUAAAGAUUAUUUAAGGUUAUCUAAGCUUCAUGUGUGUGAAUUCUGUUUAAAGUUUAUGAAAAGUAUGAAGACUCUUGAGAGGCAUUUGGCAAAAUGUCUUCUCAGGCAUCCACCAGCAGAUGAAAUAUAUCGUAAAGGAGACAUCAGCAUUUUUGAAGUUGAUGGUGUAACAAAUAAGACUUACUGUCAAAAUUUGUGCUUAUUGGCAAAAUUGUUUUUAGAUCAGAAAACAAUGUUUUAUGAUGUAGAAUCUUUUUUAUUCUAUAUUUUAACCAAGAAUGACCAAAAGGGAUGCCAUUUGGUUGGUUAUUUUUCUAAGGAAAGAUUUCGUCAACAAAGGUAUAAUGUCUCAUGCAUUUUGGUGAUGCCUCAGUAUCAAUGCAAAGGCUACGGCCGUUUCCUAAUUGAUUUUAGUUACCUCCUGUCAAGGAAGGAAGGAAGGUGUGGUACUCCAGAAAAACCUCUUUCUGAGCUUGGAAAUAUAUGCUAUACAUCUUACUGGGAAUCUACUGUCAUAGAGCAUUUACUAAAAGUUGAUAGAAGAAAGAAAAUAACCGUUAAAAGUAUAUGUAAAGCUACUGGUAUGACAUUUUUUGAUGUCGUGUCAACCUUAUCAUCCCUUAACAUGCUCAAAAGAAGUGAAACUGGGAAACUUUCUGUGUCUGUUGAUGAAGAAUCUUUAAAAUCAUAUUCUUUUGAAAUGGCUAGAAAGAGAUGUCGAAGAAUUGAACUUGAUCCUGGCUGCCUUUCUUGGGAACCACAGCGGAAUUUCAAGAAUGAUAAUUGUAAGAAAUGCAAGAAGGAAGUAUCCAAAGUUCGAGAUAAAAAGAAACAGCUGCUGAGUGAGCGUGUGAAAACUAAUAAUAAAAUGGAAAAAAUAUUUGUUGGAGGUGUGUGGUAUUCGAAGGAAAAAAUUAAAUGUGAAACGUGUCUGCUCUCUCAGGAAAGGGAAAGAAGGAAACUAUUAAAGCAUAAGAAUAAAAGGAAAUUAACAGAAAAGCAUAUUGAAUUAGAUGCUAUUUUAGGAGAACAGAAAAGGAAAAGAAUGAAACUUUCUAGCAUUCAUAGCUCCCUUAUGGAUUCCAGUGAUGAUUCUGUAGAUUAUUUGAAAUACACAAGUGCUAAAAUCAAGAAUUUGAAGCGAAAACUUUUGAAGAAACAUAAGCUAAAAAUGCAAAAAAGGUUUCAAGAACAAAAGCAAGAAACAGAUAUUUUAAAAUAUGCUGUUUUAGGAGAAAGUAAAAGCUCAAAAAUUAAAGUUCGUGGAUUUUUGAGAAAAUCUAGUAAGCUUAAUAUAGAGUGUCAGAAGAAAAUGAAGCACAAGCGUAUUAAAAAAGAUCGAUAUAAAAAACUAAGGAAAAAGGAUAAAUCUAAAAAUUACGUAUUAGAUAUUACUAAAGAUAAAAAGAAGCACAAAGUUAAAAUGAAGAAGAAAGAAACAAAAUCCUCUGAAAAAGAAACAGAUCGAGAUGGUGUGCAGACACCUCCUGUUCUAUUACCUGCAGUGCUGUCAGAUGAUGAUGAUUCAUCACGACUGCAGAAUUCUGCAUCAGAACAUGACCUUCUACCUCCACCUCUUCUCCAUGCAUCAGUUCUUGAUUCUAUUGAUCCUAAAGCAAAAUCAUCUGUUAUUGAAGAACCACAAGUCAGUACUGAUGUGUUGGAAAAUGCUACUGAGGAUAAGAGCACUGCAGCCGAAGAAGUAACAGUUGUAGAACUAGAAAAGAUAGUACCUGAAGCAGAUUUUAAUAUUUCUGAAGAUGUGAAAACGCUAGAGGAAACAAAUGGCUCACAAGGAGUUUCGGAACAAGAGCAAGGAAAUGUAUUAAAUCCAAAAGAAGAUAAUAUUCCAAAUGACUUUAAAGCUGUUAGUAGGGAUGAAGAUGACAGCAUAACAAUGAAUACGAUAGAAUCAGAUGUAGCAGAUUCUGAAGCUGUAGAUAGAGCUAUAGCUCCGAUUAUAAAUAUUGUAGAAGAUGAAGUUGAAAAGGAAGCUUCGUAUGAUGAUGCAAUUUGUAUUUUGGAAGAAAAAGAGCCAGAGAAGAAACAAGAAUUGGAACAUCUUAUUCUUGCUGAAAACAAAACAUCUGAAUCUGUCAUUUUGCCAACUGAAGAGCAUGAAAAUAUUAAAUGUCAGAAAAACCUUGAUUGUAAUGUAAGUAUUGUCUUUCAUGAUCAACCUGAUGAAAUGGAUAUGGAUUCUCUUCAUGUGCCAGAAUCUUCAGGUGUUGCUGAUACAGAAAGAAUAUCAAUACCUAGUGAGCUUAAAAAUGAAGAUGAAGAGAAUGAAGUUAGAGAAGCUGUUGAAGUUAUCAAUGAACAAAUGGAACAUAGAUCUAACAUAGACAUGCCAUUAACACCACAAACACCUGAGUCAGAUCAUUCUAGAACUUACCAACAUCUAAGUCCUUAUCAUUCUCAGCAUGAAUGUAGAAGUGUACAAGAAAUAGAAUCAGUAAACAAUGCUGACUGUCAAAUUGUAGAUGAUGUUUCAGUAACUGAAAUAAAUAAAAGCAUUCAAGAAUGUGGCUAUACUGAUCAGCACAAAGAUGAUGUACAGCAAUCUAAUAAUGAAACAUUUUCUCAAGAUAUCAUUGAACAACCUGAUAUUAUAGUUGAUCUUCCUCAAGUGUCUCAGCCACUUUCUCAGACUUCUCAGCUGUCCAGUCCUUCAACACCUGUUGGAACAAUUGUAUCUAAGCAUACACCCACCCCUCAAGAGAUGUCUAACAUGGGUGUAUAUACUCCUGAUUCUUCAACAAACAGUGGCUAUAAUUCAGUCGAAAUAGAUGUUUGCCAAUUAGGACUUGAAUCCCCAACAUCUGUUUGUAGCAGUGAAAUUGCUCAGAACUCUGUAGAAGCUCGUUCAUCUACACCACAGUCUUACCCAGACUGUGCUCAGCUGAAUAAUACUCCUUCAUAUUGUGCCAAUGUUUCCAUUUCAGAAACUUGUUCUAAUCCUUCCCGAAGAGAAAUGAUAGCUGCAGCUGCUGCUGCUCAAGCAGCUGUUGUCCAAGCGCAGGCACAAGCACAUCACUCUAAUCCUCCUGGUCACUGCAUCAAUGUUUCUAAUCGUAAAAGACAGCAUACUGCAGCUAUCACCCAGAGAAUUGCUAAUAUACCUCCUGCGGGCCCUGUGUCUAGCUUAAUGCAAUCAAGUAUGGUUAGUGUAAAUGCUACUGCAGUAAAUGCUUUGUUUGUUGGUCCUGCUCCAAACACAAAUAAUGGAUAUAUGAAUGCUAUGAAUAUGAGUGUUCCUUGUAGCAAUGCAACUGCUGGUGGAGGCCCAGUUGCUGGGUCUUACAUGGUUGGAGUUCCUGUUGCAACAGUAAUACAACCACAGUCAGCCGCUGCAUUUGCUGCAGCUUCUAUGCAAAAUCAUCAUCAGCUACAACAGACACCACAAAAUUUUUCAGUGGCAAAUCAUCCUACUGGUACUAUUUCUGGAGCUAUGCAAAGAUUAACACAUGUUGGUGUUUCCCCAAGUAUAGCUCCUAGUUCCUGCCCUGUUUCCUCUGUUACUCCAAAUUUCCAUAUUCAGUCUCCUAGUUAUACGUACACACCAACACCUACUCCAACACCUAAUACGCCCUCUCAAAUUGGUACCAGUUGUAGCCUUGCAAAACUGCAGCAGCUGACUAAUGGAAUCAUGGAUAUUGUGCCGAAUCCACCAUGUAAUACCAUGACUCCGCCUCCAAAUAUGACACCUCCAUCUCCUCAAGUGAAUAUGACACCCCCACCUCAAAUGCAACGCUCUUUGACUCCAGCUAUGACUAGCCUACAACCGCAAAUACCCAUGCAGUCAAGUUCUCAUAGUUACAGUAAAUACCAUUUCCAUCAUCGGCAAAUGCAAAGGAACCCCAAUGUUGCUCUUAGUCCUAAUCUUGUGGCUAGUUACCAGACUAUAAAUGGUGUUGGCUAUCGUAUACAGCAAGCUCCAUCUGCGGCAGCUAUGUUAAAUACCGGUUAUAUAACUAAUGCUAGUUUCAUUAAUCAAGCGCAGUUACCACCUUCUGCUGCAGUUCAGAUGGGAAUGGUGAAUGUAAAUAUGCAUGGUCAACCUCCAUACCAAGAAACACUGCAACCAAAUAGGCCGCAGAAUGCUAUGUAUACUACGUACAGCUACCAUAUAAGUGGUAACUUACAGCCACAGUCUUUAAACUCAGUCAUGCGCCGGUAAGCCUGUUUCCAAACUCUACAUUGUUUCUGUUCUAGAGAUCAAAAUUUUGUAUUUUGAAAGCAUGCCUUCCUCAUAAAUAUUGUAAUUUACGAGAGCUAAGAAAACAGAGUUGUCUGGAUUAGAUUAUGUUUGCAAAUAAAAAGAAAAUUUAACAUGUCUGUACUCCUCUAACAACAGGAUUGAUGAAUGGUGGUAUAUUUUAGAAUAACUAAAACAUCCAAAUUAGUGAAAAGUCCUCCAUUGAAAAGACAUAUUAAUUGCUGAUGUGUGAAUGUUUUAAUUAUAUAAAUUUAUGAAAAGAUAACAUUUUAUGUGUCAGUUUACAUACUGGCACACAUACUCAUAGUUAAAAUUUAUUGUAAACUUAUCUGUGGAUAGCUAUCUCAGGAUAAUAAUGCAUUAAAUAUAAUUAGUUAUAUAUAAAUAUGACUAGUUAUGGGUUAAAUCUAUUUAAGACAGAAAUAUAUGCAAGCUGAUUUAUGAAGUUAAAAAAAAAAUCUUCAAAAGGCAACUUCUAAUGUUUUACGGAUACUGGUGCAAACUUGUUUAGAUAUUGUUUUAAAAAUAUGCAAUUCUCUUAAACAGGUUUCUGUAUAAAUUAACAGUUAAAUGCUUUAUAAAAGCAAUAAUGCCCAAUUAGUAAUUUUUCACUAAAUUGGCUUUAUUGUGUGAAAAAUUAAUGUUGAAAUUCUAUCCCAGACUUAUUUGUUUAAUAUUAAAUCCAUGUUUUUAUUUAAUGUAAUUUUGUUUUUAUUUAUCGUAAAAUAUACCAGUGAACUUUGAUAAGCAAUAAGUAAAUGAAUGACACAUUUUGGUAUAAUAGUAUCUGAAUAUUUAAAUUUCAUCUAGUUAUGAAUAUAAGUGAAAUAAUGAAUUUAAUUUCUUUGUUAUUUUCUUUGACAGAAGCCAUAAUUUUGAUCUAUUUUUAUGCAUGAGGAAAAAUUAUAGAAAUGAACUUUUUAUAAAGUUCUAUUUUUUAUUUAUUGAAAAUUAUAAUCUGUCUGCCACUGCAAUAGGGAUAAUCUUCCAGUGCAAUUGUAAAUCUUAUGUAGGAAUGAUAAAGAAUAGUGCUAAGAUAAUAUUCUCUUUGUGUGACUUAAGGUUACAAGGCAGUCAUUAUCAUUAUAAGUUUUCUUUGAGGCAUUUUAAAUAAUUGGUAUGUAGCAAUAUUGCAUGCGUAUAACAACUGUAAAAACUUUAAAUUCUAUUUUUGUGAGAUGUUAAUGGCAAUAAUAUGGCUGAAUUGUGCCUAGCAAGACUGAGAGCAGCUUGAAUAUCUCUUUAAACUAUUUUAAAUACACCAUUUUUUAGUAAUGCUGAAAUAAUUACAAUGAAAGAAUAAGAUUUUUUCAAUAGGUUCUAUUAUCAGUAAAAAUAAUGAGAUUUAUUCAAUAACUUUAAUUCAGUAAAUUUCUGUUUUGUGAUUGAGCAUAUUAAGAAUUAAUUAAUUUUAGGAUUCCAAAUGAACAUUGCAAAAAUUAUGUGUUUUCAAAAGUUUAAGAGUUGAAAAUCUUUCUGAAUAAAUUCCAUGUAUGUGUCUAAAUCCCAGUAUGAGAUUAUUUUCAUUAUUAAAAUAUGUACAUGGAUUGUGAAUUUUAAAAUAUAGAAAAAGUUAUGCCAAAAAAGUCUAAGGUUGUCAUCUCUGUGCCAUAUUAAGCAAAGUUUAUAGUUUUAUUAUUCAUUGUAAAUCUUGCAUGAGUAUCAUUCUAGGUGAUAAUUACCGAAGUGUGAUUAAAUAAUUUGCCUUAGAUCCAGUUGCUUUACAUAUGAUGAGGUAAUGUAGGCAUGUUAUUUAUAGCAGUUGGUCUGACUCUACAAAGUCUGUCAUAUAAACCUGUCAUGGUUAAUACAUCUUAUUACAGCACAAUUUGAUCAUUGAAUUCAAACUGUGUUUUUGUUAUAGUAUUGGCUUAAAUUUGCAACAUCCUCACAUUGUGAGGGAACCCUGCGCUUCUGAAGGUGUUUUUUUAGGGAAAAAAGGCCUUGUUAUAUGAGCUUGUUUCAUACUUUUUAGCUUGAUAAAAAGGUGCUUAGUGAGAAAGCUAAUUGAACAAUGUAAAUGCCAAUUGUAUCUUAAGAUGUAACUGAGUAAAUAUAUAUUCUUUUAAUGUAAAAUUUAAGGGGUAAGUGAUGAAUUAUCAUGCUUUUUUAGGGAAAAAAAGUUGUUAUAUUAGACAAUCCAUUAUGUGAAUUUAAAUGCUAGUAGAUAAUGAGUUGCAAAUAGUUUAUCACCUAUUGAACUUUUUAGUAACAAAUUACCAAUGAAGUGAAGAUAUGCAAUUUAGUAUGAACUCCUAAUUAUACUUUUAAAAUUUAUGUAAAUUUAAAAACAGUAAGUUAUGAUCGAAACAUGAUUCUUUCAGAAAAGUUGUCUUUCGGUACUGAAAGUAAAAUGAAUUUGCAGAUCAAAUUACAGGUUGUUUUUUGUUCUCAUUUUUUUAAUUAAUAAGCAUGCCUUGUUAUAUAUAUGACUUUAUAGAGAGGGAUAUUAAAAGUGUAUGAAUAUUUUUUGGAACGGGGAAUAAAUUAAUUUUUUAAAGUUUUUCAGAAAUACAUAUAUUAUACUUUUGAAUUUGUAAAGGCUUUUGUUUAUGUGAAGUAGUGCAGCACAAGUAAGAGGCUGCUUUAAAGUAAAUGGCACAAAAAAUUGUCAA